GAAACUUUAUUUUCGUAAUUUUAAUUUUUGUAAACUUCAACGUCAUUAUCAUGUUGCCGCAGCCACUAAAAGCGGAAGCGCAUGAAAAGGAGCACCCCACAACAUCGUCAGCAGCAGUAAGUUGUCUCUCGACGCCGCUCCAACCGGCGAAAACGACAAACUCCAUUGCCACGCAAUACUCAUGCUCGAGCAUAUACGACAAUGUUAUGCUGACACCGCCAGAUUUGCCUUCAGACGAAGACGAAGUACUGUGCUACAAUCCGAAUGAGCCGCGCUAUUGUAUUUGUAAUCAAGUUUCUUAUGGGUCCAUGAUUGCUUGCGACAACAAGUUGUGCCCCUACGAAUGGUUUCAUUUUCAAUGUGUGGGUGUUAUACGACCGCCAAAGGGCAAAUGGUAUUGUCCGCUCUGUAAAGCGUCGAUGCAACCGAGUAGAGGCUCAGCACGAAAGCGGAAAAUUUCUUGAUCGAUAUCUCAAAAAUUGUGUGACUAGUUCCCGUAUAUAUAAACAGACGGACAUGGCUAAAAGGACUCAAAU